UGCCCAUGCCAUUCGUGUGCUGUGUCCUCUCCUCCUACAGGUGGUAUUGGCAGAACCAAAAGAUACCAAAAUAUGUGAACUUCAUGAAAGAUAAUUACCCUCCGGGUUUUAAAUAUGAAGAUUUUGGACCACUCUUUACAGCAAAAUUUUUUAACGCCAGCCAGUGGGCAGAUAUUUUUCAGGCCUCGGGUGCCGGUUAUAUCGUCUUGACUUCCAAACAUCAUGAAGGCUUUACCUUGUGGGGCUCGAAGUACUCCUGGAACUGGAAUGCUGUGGACGAGGGGCCAAAGAGGGACAUUGUCAGGGAACUCGAGGUGGCCCUUAGGAGCAGAACCAACCUGCAGUUUGGACUGUACUAUUCCCAGUUUGAAUGGUUUCAUCCACUAUUUCUUGAGGAUGAAUCCAGUUCCUUCCAGAAGCAAACAUUUCCAACUGCUAAGAUGUUGCCAGAACUCUACGAGUUAGUGAACAAAUACCGGCCCGAGGUACUGUGGUCCGACGGGGAUGGAGGGGCGCCGGAUACCUACUGGAAUAGCACGGGCUUCUUAGCCUGGCUGUAUAAUGAAAGUCCAGUUCGGGACACAGUGGUCACCAAUGAUCGCUGGGGGGACGGCUGCAUCUGUAAGCAUGGCGGCUACUACACAUGCACAGAUCGCUAUCAUCCGGGUCAUCUCCUGUCCCACAAAUGGGAAAACUGCAUGACAAUAGACAAGUUUUCCUGGGGCUACAGGAGGGAUGCGGGAAUCACGGAUUACCUCACGAUUGAAGAACUGGUGAAGCAACUUGUGGAAACGGUCGCAUACGGAGGAAAUCUUUUGAUGAACAUCGGGCCCACAGUGGAUGGCACCAUUUCUGCAAUUUUUGAGGAGCGGUUAAGACAGAUGGGGAGCUGGUUAAAAGUCAGUGGGGAAGCCAUUUAUGAAACCCACCCUUGGCGAUUCCAGAAUGACACUUUCACCCCAGAUGUGUGGUACACAUCUAAACCCAAGGAAAAAUUAGUCUAUGCCAUUUUCUUUAAAUGGCCCAUUUCAGGACAGCUGGUUCUGGUGCAACCUAAUGCUAUUCCAGGAGAAACCGAGGUAAAACUGUUGGGACAUGGACAGCCACUUUCCUGGACUUCUUUGAAGCCAACUGGAUUGAUGGUGCAAUUGCCACAGCUCAGCAUUCACCAGAUGCCCAGUAGGUGGGGCUGGGCUCUCAAACUAAGGAACACUAUCUAAUAUGCAGCUGAGAGGCCCCUUGCUGCAGUUACCUCGGAACCUGUAAGUGGCAGGUUUCUAUAAUUGUACUCUACAGAGAACACCAAUGUAAAUCUGAUCAAUAAAGAUCAAGAAAUUACUUAGGAAAAUUCUUUCCUAUUUCCUUAGUUUUCCUAUUUAAUGUUACCAUGUUAAUUUUCCAGUGUACUUUGCCAUUGAAGUCUCUCCAAACUGAUUUUUUUUUCAUGUGUGAGUCAGAGGUGGAGGUGUUUUUGGUUUAUCUUAGAUAAGAACUAUGGGUGCUAUCAAUCGAAUUCUGCCCCCACACCUAGAUCCUUAUAUUGAAGCCCUAACCCCUAUGAGGCUGUAUUUGGAAACAGCCUUUAAAGAUGCAAUUAAGGCUAAAUGGGGUCAGAAGGGUGAGGCUGUAAUCCAGUAGAACAGGUAUCCUUAACAAGGAAAGAGGGAGAGAGAAGUCCUGUAAAAAGAUAUAUCAGGAAGGUGACCAUGUGCCAGGCCAAGGAGAGAGGCAUCAGAGGAAUCCAAAUCUGGUGACACCCUGAUCUGGAACUGCUGGUCUCCAGAACUGUG